UUUUUCUGCGCCCCGACCUCAAGCGCAAAACCUCGACUUUUCUCUGAGCUAUUGCUGUCUUCUACACUCUCUCUUUACUCACUGAAAGUACUCAAAACUCAUCCAUUGAGAUCUACAGUUACUCUUCCAUAUCAUACAUUCUUUCACAAUGUCUGGCGGUAUGCUUCCCGCCAGUGUUUACGGCCUGCGGGUUCCCGCUGGUGGAAUCCCCAUCCCCGGCAAUGCGCAAUUCCCUGCUACCUUCCGCAUCACCAUGGCCGCUAUUGACCCCAGCGCCGACCCUCAGCGCGAGGAGCCCAACCAGCCCGCUCGCGCUACCCUCAAGUUGAUCAGAGAGCGCGUUGACUUCGAUGACGACUCUGAGGAUGACGAGGAUGACGAGGAUUUCGAUGAGGACAGCAUCGAGGCUAUCAAGGCUCGUCUUGCUGGCGUUCUCUCCGACGAGGACGAGGAUAUGUCCGAUGACGAUGAGGACAGCGAGAACGAGAAGAACGGCGGCCCCAGCGACCCUGCUAAGGCCAAGCAGGUCAAGAAGGAGGCCAUGACCAAGAAGCUUCAGGCUGAGCUCGAUGAGAUGGAGUUGGAUGGCUUGACCAACGGCGUCAACGGAAAGGGCAAGGGCAAGGCCAGCGAGGACGAUGACAGCGAGGAGGACUUGGAGAUCGAUAGCGACGAGGAGGAUGAUGACGAGGUUGAGGAGCUCGUUCUCUGCACCCUCGACCCCGAGAAGAACUACCAACAACCCCUCGACAUCACUGUCGGUGAGCACGAGGAGGUCUACUUUGUCUCCAGCGGUACCCACGACAUUUUCAUCACUGGAAACUACGUUCUUCCCCCCGAUGACGAGCAUGAUGAUUACGACGAUGAGGAUGACUACGAGGAGGGAGAUUACGAUUUGAGCCCCGAUGAGGAUGAGCUUGACGGUGCCUCUGACUCUGAGGAGGAUGAGCUCGAUGGUCUUGAGGACCCCAGGAUCACUGAGGUCGAUUCCGAGGAGGAGGAAGCCCCUAAGCUCGUCGCUGCGAAGAAGGGAAAGAACAAGCGCCCCGCUGAGUCCGAGGAGGACCUUGCCAACCUUGACGACCUCAUCAGCAGGGCCACCAAGGCCGACAGUGAGGAGAAGAGCAAGAAGCAGGCUAAGAAGAUCAAGAAGAAUGACGGCCAGGCUGUUGCCGUCGAGCCUGCCAAGAAGGACCAGAAGGAGGACAAGAAGAAGGUUCAGUUCGCAAAGAAUCUUGAGCUCGGUCCCACUGGCUCUCCCAAGGUCGAGGAGCCCAAGAAGGAUGCCGCCCCAUCUGGUCCCAGGACCGUCCAGGGUGUCCUCAUUGACGACAAGAAGGUCGGAAAGGGCAAGGCCGCUAAGAAGGGCGACAAGGUCGAGAUGCGCUACAUCGGAAAGUUGAAGAGCAACGGCAAGCAGUUUGAUGCCAACAAGAAGGGCAAGCCUUUCGCCUUCAAGCUCGGUGUUGGUGAGGUCAUCAAGGGUUGGGACAUCGGUGUCGCUGGCAUGACUGCUGGUGGCGAGCGCCGUUUGACCAUCCCAGCCAACUUGGCCUACGGCAAGAGGGGUGCUCCCCCAGACAUCCCGGGUAACGCCGACUUGGUGUUUGACAUCAAGUGCAUCUCCAUCCACUAAGCUCGACAAUAACUGAGGGCACGGCACGGCGUACGAUACAGGUGUCUGCACUCCUAUACAACGAAAUGGCCUCCUGCCAUGGGCAUAUGGCCUGAGAUCCUCGUGUGUCUGUUCCCUCACAACCAAAAUAACAUGAGUCUCUUUCCUAGGUUUUUUUCCAUGUACCUGCAUUGCGUUACGAGAUAUCCGACUUGCAUAAUCUGGGGUCCUUGUUAGAUUAGUGCAGGGAGGAAGGAUCUCUCUCGACCUUAUGCUCCCGAAGAGAGAGUCUGUGGGUGUGUGUAUGUGUUUCUUUUCGGGUGUUAUAUCUUGGUGGAAGAAAGAAGCCUUCUUCUCCGGUUCGGUCUAGCGAGGUGGUGCUGCCCAUGUUUGGAAAGGGCUUGUAUUGCUGAGGAUGCUAUGUAAUUGAGUAAAAAGUUUCCAAAGCGGAGUUAGGGUGAAUUAGUUCCUAGAGUACUUGAAAUGUAUGUUUCCUC